UAUUCAAUGUUUGUCCUCAGCCCUGACUUAAGCCUUCGUCCCCGAAAGAAAUAUCGUAAUUUUCAGUGAAAGAGAGCUUGUUUUCUUCAUCAGAAAGGUGGGAAAACUACUAAACCACAGCAAUGAUCAACACAAUGGAGGGUGCACUGGAUGCACAAAGUCUAAUUUCGAUUUCUUUACGGAAAAUCCACAACUCUCGGACGCAGAGAGGAGGAAUCAAACUGCACAAAAACCUUCUGGUCUCGUACGUCCUGAGGAACGCGAGGCAAGUCUACAUGAACGAGAAGUACGCGGAAAUCUACAGAAUGCAGCAGUAUGAAGAGGUAAUGACCGUCUGCAAUGAGAUUCAGGAGCUGAACCCGCUUGAUUUGGUGGAGGACUGCGAGGAGCAGACCGGGGACUGUUGCGGCAGUGGCGUUGGGAGCGAGUCGCCUAGCCUCUGCAGCGCGCUCUUGCCAGUAAGCCACCAAGCAGCGGUGCAGUCAGCUCACAUACAGUCAGCCAACGCUUGCUCGGCGCCACUGCCUCUCCAAAGCGAAGAGGUCUGCAAGUCGACGGAUUCCUCUUUCUACCGAAGUUGCUGUGCGGAAGCUUACCCCGUCACGAACUGCGACUUUUCCCCGGUAAACAACAUGCACUGCAAUAAAACGACAGUGCUUGAUUUGGAUACGCAUGUAGUUACCACAGUGGAGAAUGGGUACUUGCAUCAAGACUGCUGCGCCUCGCUCCAACAGUGCUGCCAGGGCGCACAGAACCCGGCCAAGAAACGAAAGGUUGACUUUGGUUACUACGUGUCCGAAGUCGAGGAGGUACCGGAUUUUACACCGUGUAAAAGAGCGAAAUUCGAGGACUGUUCCUACGCGAACACAGAACAGUUGGACACGUCGAACAUUUCCAAUCUGAUCUCGAUCUUCGGAUCGGGGUUUUCGGGGCUGGUUAGCAAACAGGCGGACUUUGAGCAAGCCUUAAACGGACAGUUUUGUAGCAAACAAGCCCUAGCGAGUCUAGGAGCAUGGACAAGAGCUAUUGUAGCUUUUUGA